GCGAGAGGGAGGGCGGAGUCAGUUUUAAAGCUGCUUGUCUCGGAGGAGCUACUGUAUUGAACCCGGGGAUACUUUACCACUUCAAGUCUAGUUUCGUUGUUGCUGUUUCCCUCCCAUACGGACCUUUAUUGUGGAUUCUCACUGAACUUUACGUUCAUUCCCAUUUACUCGACACGACGGGGAGAUCCAACUCAAAUACCGGACAUUGACACCUAAACAACCUAUUCUGCCGAUUUAAACAGAGUGAAGAUCAACUCGGCAACGGCCGUUUGGAUUCAGCGUAUAAGUGGGGCUGAGGGCUCCAUACCAUUGUCAGGAUGAAAAGGUUCAGGCGACAUGGCCAGGACUCCCAGAGAGAUAGACUCAAACAGGAACUCUUCCAGUUCAACAAGACUGUGGAGCAUGGCUUCCCUCACCAGCCCAGUGCUCUGGGCUACAGUCCUUCUCUGCAGCUGCUGGCCAUUGGUACUCGUUCAGGAGCCAUCAAAUUGUAUGGAUCCCCAGGUGUGGAGUUCAUGGGUCUACAUGAUGAGAAUGCCGCAGUCACUCAAGUACACUUUCUCCCCCAUCAGGUUGAACUGGUGACUCUGCUAGACGACAACAGCUUGCACAUGUGGACUUUGAGAGCACACACAGGACUUUCAGAGCUUCUAGAGAUAGGACGCUUCACUCUCACUGGUCCACCUGGUGCCCCACCAAGUGUGACCAGGGUGACAGCGGUGCUGGCCCACUCUUCUGGAGAGCUGUUGCUUCUGGGAACUGAGGGGGGGCAUGUCUUUAUAGUUCAGGUGCCUGGCUUCAGAGAGCUUGAAGAGAGGAACAUCAGUCUUGCUGAAAUUACCAACAGUGUACCGGAUAAUUGCAUAGUGCAAAGAAGUUUAGAACAUGUUGAAGCCUUAGAGGAGAACCCAGCUGACCCGAAUCAUGUUGCUAUCGGUUAUGGACGAGGUCUUAUUGUCAUCUGGGAUCUUCAGAAACGGUGUGCGAUCCAGCACUUUCUGGCUACACAGCAACUGGAGAGUCUGUGUUGGACAGAGGACAGAGGAUACAUUCUUAGUUGCCACAGCGAUGGUAGCUACUGUCGUUGGCUGUUUGGUGAGGAAGAUGGAAAUGAGGUGGAGAAGUCAGACAUUCCUUAUGGACAUUUCCCUUGCAAAGCCAUUUCUAAAAUAAUUCAGCUGCCUACAAAGAAAGGGGCGCCAUUCCUCUUCUUCAGUGGCGGCAUGCCCAGGGCAAGCUUUGGGGACAGACACUGCAUUACUAUCAUCCACAAUAAAACACACGUUGCUUUGGACUUCACUUCCAGGAUCAUUGACUUCUUUGUCAUCAAAGAUGGACCACUUCGCACUGGCGAUCCCAGCGCAUUAGUGGUCUUGGUUGAAGAGGAGUUGGUGGUGAUUGACCUCAAGUCAGAAGGAUGGCCAGUCAUUCAGACACCUUACCUGGUUCCACUACACAGUUCAGCAAUCACCUGCUCACACCAUGUCUCUGCCAUCCCUCUCAAACUGUGGGAGAGAAUUCUUGCCGCCGGAAACCUCCAAAAGACAAAUUACUCCAAAAAGCCAUGGCCAAUAACCGGAGGGAAGAACUUGGCCCCAGAUCCUCCACAGAGAGAUCUUUUGCUCACAGGGCACGAGGAUGGAACCGUGCGCUUAUGGAAUGCCUCAGGAGUCUGUCUGUACCCUAUGUACAAAUUGAGCACAGCUGGAGUCUUCCACACAGACACAGACCCCAAUGACAACUUGCAUCAAGGUGCUGAAGGAGAUUGGCCACCUUUCAGAAAGGUUGGCUGCUUUGACCCCUACAGCGAUGAUCCAAGGCUUGGCAUCCAAAAGAUCCACCUUUGUAAAUACAGUGGUUGUCUUGCUGUGGCAGGAACAGCUGGACAGAUUCUUGUGCUGGAGCUCAAUGACGAGGCAGCAGAACAUCCCGUGGAAGCGAAAGUUGUGGAUUUGCUGCAAGGCCAAGAAGGUUUCCGCUGGAAGGGGCACACACGUCUAGAUGUUCGAGAUGAGCCAGUCCGUUUUGAGGCAGGCUUCCAGCCCUUCACUGUUGUGCAAUGUCAGCCUCCUGCCGUGGUCACCGCUCUUUGUCUUCACUCCGAGUGGAAGCUGGUUGCUUAUGGCACCAGCCAUGGCUUUGGAUUAUUUGAUUACCAACAGAAAAGCAAUGUCUUCAUCAAAUGCACUCUCAACCCCAGUGACCAGCUGGCCAUGGAGGGUCCUCUGUCUCGGGUGAAAAGCAUUAAAAAAUCACUCCGGCAGUCCUUUAGGCGAAUCAGACACAGCAGAGUCUCACUACGGAAACAUCAAGUCAACAAUGCUGCCAAGCUCCAGGAAGCAAAUGCUCGUUUGGAGGCGGAACUAGCCGAGAUGGAGUUAGCUCCUGUUCAAAGGAAGAUUGAGGCUCGUUCGUCAGAUGACUCUUUUACCGGUCUGGUGCGGAUACUUUACUUUGCUGACACCUUCCUCUCAGACAGUUCACAUAAUACACCUUCGCUUUGGGCGGGGACCAAUGGGGGCUGUGUAUAUGUAUUCAUACUCAGGCUUCCUUCUGUCGAGCAUCGGACAGAUGAGCCCAUCACUGCACACCCUGCAAAAGAAAUCCAGCUCAUGCAUCGUGCCCCUAUUGUUGGCCUCGUAGUAUUGGAUGGUCACGGUAUUCCUCUCCCUGAGCCGCUGGAGGUCGCCCAUGACCUUGCUCGUUCGCCUGAUAUGCAGGCGUCGCAUCACCUUGUUGUUACAUCUGAGGAACAGUUUAAGGUAUUCACCCUUCCUAAAGUGAGUGCCAAGAUGAAGCUGAAGCUAACAGCUAUGGAUGGCUCCCGCGUACGGCGGGUUGCCGUGGCUUGGUUCGGCAGUAGCCAAUCAGAGGACUAUUGCGAGAGUGCCCUGGUGGUUUUGACAAAUCAAGGCGACCUUCUUGUGAUAUCAUUACCAGGGGUGAAGCUGCAGGUGCGUUUCCCCUGCAUUCGCAAAGAAGAUGUCAGCGGCAUUGCUUCAUGUGUCUUCACAAAACAUGGCCAAGGUUUCUACCUCAUCUCUCCGUCUGAGUUUGAGCGCUUCUCGCUGUCCAGUCGCUUCCUCGUGGAGCCUUGCUGCCUUGUGGAGGUUCCACUUUCCUCAGAUGCCUCCAUUCAAUGCAUGCCAAAACCGGAUAGAUUUUUAUCUGCCUACAGGGAAACCAGCCAAGAAGUUGAAGACUCAGAUAUUUCUGCUAGACGUGUGAUGGAGCAUGCUUUGCUGAAUGAUGAGAAAGUGCUGCAUGAGAUUCAAAAGUCACUGGAAGGUGACCACGUUUAGAUUGUUGGCCAUCCGAUCAGCUUGUUCCAGCAACGGCCUCGGCUUUCAGAACCACUAUAUUCGCUCUGUGACUGAUAAACUCAAAGAUUCUCAGGGCCCCCUUCUCAUGUCUUGACCAAAAUGUUCCGGAGUAGCAUGUGCUCAGAGUGCCGGUUCAACAGAGGUCUCGCCUAUUUUGAAGAUAGAAGUUGAAGGAGCGCCACCACUUGCAGGGGAUAACUAUCAACUCGAAAACAACCAUUUAUUUCAAUGCAAUUUUUUUCGUCUUUUUGCAACUCCAGUGCCGGAUUUUAUCAUACAGAAAACUUCAGUUUUCAGUGUCUCACAAACUGGACGCCUUGUUCGUCGUGAUGACUUUUUAAAAAUUGAAUACUACUCGAACCUGUUUAAAAGGGACAUGAUCGUCAAUUGACUUGCUUUGUUUUACUCUGCUGUCAGUGUCCAGUUCUGAAUUGGAAAUGAGAAUGUGUUCUGAAUUACUGAACUUGAAUUACAAAAGAAAAGUUGAAAUAAAUUUGAGUGAGACUGGAUAGUGCCCCCUCAAAAAAAAAAAAAAGCUGACUUCAGCUGGGUUUCGUAAAAGAGGGCGUUUUUGACAAAAGCGUGUCACACAUGCUGCAAACUCUUUUAAACUGUGAAAGAAAUGCAUACAUUUCCUUGAAAUAGGAAAGCCUUAAUCACUGGCAGCUAGUACACGUUAACUUAAAUGCAUUUGGUUUGUUGUUAAGGUUAAUGGCUGCAUUUUAAGACAUCUCAUAUCUGGUUUUAAUUGGUUUUAUAUUCUGGAGAAUGAAUUAUGGCUGUGCAUGGAUCUCAACCAUCAUGAUUUUUUUUUAAAAUCAUUACCACCUCGUGUUCAUUUAGUGCAACUUGUCAAAUGUCACAAUGACAAAGCUGUAAUGCAAUUUACAGUGUUGUACUUGUCCGAAUUUUUUAUGGAGUUGGGAAUUUGUCCUGUGUAUUUUUCUUUCUUUUGUUGUUGUUUUUUUGACAAAAUAACUUCUGUCCAUGUAUAUUAUAAUUCAUGAAUGUGAUUUGAAAGAUAUCGUAGUGCAAUCUUGUUUAAUGUAUGUGACUUGAUUUGUUGUACCUUUUGGGCCUUUCCUAUGUGGGGUAAACUGAUGUUUAGGUUGUACAAUAAUAUUUUGGUAAUUUGUUGCAAAAUAUUGGGUAUCUUUCGAGAAUAUAUUUUUGUAGUGACUUGAUUCAGCCCAUUUUUAUUUUGUGACAUCACCUUGCAGUUUUGUUGUGAUUAAUUAUAGCAUGCUUUCAACCCCUGA